AUGGCUUAUUUGAACGAUGAAAACACAGACAUUAACAUACCAAUGGAGCUAGAUUUAUUCGAUGAACCUAAAAAUCAAGUAGCGAUCGACAGGAUUUUUUAUUCAGAAACAAGACCGCUUUCUAACUUUACAUCAUCAGAUGCUUCUACAGUUGAAUUUUUCAUUUCUGGACAAGGUCCUGAAUACAUGGAUUUGAGACGGAGUAGACUGUACGUUCGUGCAAAGAUCGUCAAAGGUGAUGGUAGUGCCUUUGAUGACACGGAUACGACAAGUAUUGUUAAUUUACCACUCCAAGCCAUGUGGUCACAAAUCGAUGUGUAUAUGAACAAUAAACUUGUCUCCGUAAGCACUUCAAACUACCCUUGGAAAGCUUACCUUAAGACGAUUUUGAACAGUGGUUCAGACGAGCAGAAAUCACAACUCCAGUCACAGCUUUUUAUGAAAGAUAUCGGCAAUUUAGCUUCUACAGAUGGGAAAUCAGGAGCAAACACAGGUGAAGAUGGUGCUGCCUACAAGUUAGAGCUAUUAGACUGUGUUUACAAGGCCUGUAAAAUUAAAGUCGAUCCUGGUAUCCUCGUUAAUCAUAUGAAACAGAUCGAAAUAAAACCUGUACGCUACUAUUUCCAACGUACUGAAGUCAAAAGGAACACCAUCAACAAAUCCUCAAGUGAGUUCAUUUGGGACAAUCUAUUUACCAUUCGCCCUAGUACUCUGGUGGUUGGUUUAAUAUCACAAGAUAGCGGUAACGGUUCUUAUGGGACAAAUCCGUUCUUUUUUAAUCACUACAACGCCACUGACGUAGGAAUAUAUGUCAAUGGAGAGAGCGUUCCGUCAAGACCCUUAAAACUGGACUUUGGAGAUAAUCGACAAUAUGCAGUGGCAUACACUAAUUUAUUUGAAGCCUGUGAAAAGUUAAAUAAAGAUGCCGGACUUACCAUUUCCAGAGAAGAUUUUGGUAAGGGUUACACCUUACAUGCUUUCCAAUUGGACCCAAGUGGAUUGGGAGAUGACUAUAUAAACUUGGUUAAACAUGGAAAUGUGAGACUUGAAAUGAAAUUCAGUACUGCACUUCCUACAGCCGUUACCUGGUUCGUUUCUGGAAAUAGACAAAUCACGUAA